AUGGCAAAGACCGCGAAAGUGAAGGCAAAAGUUUCCUCGAAAUCCAUGCAUUCAAGAGCGGCAAAGCGAGCCGUGUCUCCGACAAAUGAAUCAUUAUUGAAGUUCGUUCCCAGGACAGAGCCGAUCCCGACAGUCAAGCCACAUAUCCUAUCUGCAAAGCAUAAUGCCGGUAUUACGAAAAAGUCCAAAUCCAAGCAGAUCACCCGUGCCCAGCGGAAGCGGCAAGAAAAAGGCCUGGAACGUGCGGAAUUGAUUAUGGAUAGAACAGAAAAGAAAAUGGCCAAAAGCAUGGGCAAGGCAAAGGUUGUCAAAGAGCGAAGAUCCACGUGGGAUGACAUGAAUCGUAAAGCUCUUGCUGUACCUGGCAAAGUGGUCUCAGGAGGGGAUGUGGACGGUGCUGAGGCUAUGGACGAAGACGCUGAACCGAAUGAGGCGCGUACACCACCAGUAACGACGAUUUCUCAGUCUUCGGUGCAAUCACAACAGGCAACACCUCUCCAAAAGUUUGAAUUUGAGGAAGAUGGAGAAAUCACUUGA